GCUGGCGAACUCGGCUGCUCUGGAGGAGAGGGGCGGGCGGCGGGGGCCAGGAGGCUGUUCCUGCUGCAAGAUGGCGGCGCAGAGGAGGAGUCUGCUGCAGAGUGAACAGCAGCCCAGCUGGACAGAUGACUUACCCUCCUGUCACCUCUCUGGGGUGGGCUCAGCUCCAAACCGUUCCUACAGUGCAGAUGGCAAGGGGACAGAGGGUCACCCCUUGGAAGAUAACUGGUUAAAAUUCAGGAGUGAGAACAACUGCUACCUCUAUGGUGUCUUCAAUGGCUAUGAUGGCAACCGAGUCACCAACUUUGUUGGUCAGAGGCUCUCUGCAGAAUUACUGUUGGGGCAGCUACAUGCAGAUCACAGUGAUGCUGAUGUGCGUCGAGUUCUGCUGCAGGCUUUUGAUGUGGUAGAAAGAAGUUUUCUGGAAUCCAUUGAUGAUGCCUUGGCAGAGAAGGCCAGCCUGCAGUCCCAGCUACCAGAGGGUGUCCCUCAUCACCAGCUGCCUCCUCAGUACCAGAAGAUUGUGGAGAGAUUGAAGGUUGUAGAGCAGGAGAUCUCUGGAGGAGCCAUGGCUAUCGUGGCUGUUGUUCUUAACAACAAGCUCUACAUCGCCAAUGUGGGUACCAAUCGGGCACUGUUAUGUAAGUCCACAGUGGAUGGGCUGCAGGUGACUCAGCUCAACGUGGACCAUACGACAGAGAAUGAGGAUGAACUCUUCCGCUUCUCCCAGCUGGGCUUGGAUGCAGGGAAAAUAAAACAAGUGGGAACUAUCCGUGGGCAGGAAAGCACUCGGCGCAUUGGAGAUUACAAAGUCAAAUACGGCUACACUGAUAUUGAAUUGCUCAGUGCUGCUAAAUCUAAGCCCAUCAUAGCAGAGCCUGAAAUCCACGGAGGGCACUCGCUGGAUGGUGUGACUGGCUUCUUGGUACUGAUGUCUGAGGGACUCUACAAAGCACUGGAGGCAGCUCAUGGGCCUGGACAAGCCAACCAGGAAAUUGCAGCCAUGAUUGCCACAGAGUUUGCCAAGCAGACGUCACUGGAUGCUGUGGCACAAGCAGUAGUGGAUCGGGUUAAGCGCAUCCACUGUGACACUUUUGCCAGUGGUGGGGAACGAUCCAAGUUCUGUCCCCGGCAUGAAGAUAUGACCUUGCUGGUGAGGAAUUUUGGCUACCCCCUGGGUGAGAUGAGCCAGCCCACGCUGACACCAACACAAGGAGGCCGUGUCUACCCAGUCUCUGUGCCGUAUUCCAGCUCCCAAAGCACAAGCAAGACGAGCGUCACGCUGUCUCUUGUCAUGCCUUCCCAAGGCCAGAUGGUCAAUGGUGCCCACAGCAGCUCAACUCUGGAUGAAGCCACCCCCACCCUCACUAACCAAAGCCCAACUGUGACGCUCCAGUCGACUAACACCCACACGCAGAGCAGCAGCUCGAGUUCAGACGGGGGUCUUUUCCGCUCCCGACCCAGCCACUCUCUCCAGCCGGAUGAAGAUGGGCGCGUGGAGCCCUACGUGGAUUUUGCAGAGUUUUACCGCCUUUGGAACAUGGACCAUGGCGAGCAGGGAGCACUGACUGUGUCCUAACAUGGACAUCCACCUCCUCCAGCCACCCUGUGUGCUCGUCUGCGUGAGCAAAGACAGAGGCAAGAAUCAGGGCACGCCACCGAAGGCUGUGUCCUGCCAAGAGCUGACUGCUCUCCAGGAUAGGCUGAACUCUGGGCUGGAGAGCGUGUGCAGUGCACUCUACACGCGAGUUGCUUGGGCUGUGCACCCAAUCCUGCCCAUCCUGGUUCUCUUUGAAGCCCUGUUUAUAGGGGAAGGGGUCUUGAAGGCAACCCUUGCUGCAGGAUUUUGCAAGUAAAGAUGCAGAGAGAGGGCUCCUCGGGAUAACACAAGAGUAGGGCCCUGCAGGAAGGCUGUGUGCGCGUGUGUGGGUGUACGUGUGUGCCUGCGUGUGUGUGUGCUGUCACAAUGUUUCCACAACUCGGUUCAUAAUGCUGUGAUUCCAGUGUUCAACUCUAUAGAAGAUACCUCUAUUUUGCAGAAUAAAUAACUUAUAGCUACA